ACCAGUAUAGACAAUUUUCUAACCGGUACUUUUUUGCUAAUCGGUCCUCACAAUUGUUCUCUAAGCUGGCACACAAUCAAAGAUUUUAUGUGUUUAUGUAUUCAUUGAGGUCAAUCUGCCUUCAAAGGUCACAUUGGGAGCAUUUUCUUAUUGUUUUUACCCUGGGUAAUAAUAGCCAACAGUCAAACCUUUAUUAUCGUUGUUUGCCAAGUCGUUUGAAAGAACCACUUCUUACUCGUCCUUCUCUACAACUUUUGUCUAAUGCUGACAAAAAGAAUUCAUUUACGUUUACAUUUUGACUUCGGAGAUAUUGUCAUGUCCCUCGGAGAUAUUGUGUUGAAAAAUCAGAUUUGUAGCAAUAUUUGUGGAUGCAGUAGGCUUUAGUUAGGUGUUUUGUUGUUAUUUACAGACAGUGAAAAGGGGUCAAAAGGUCACCACCUAUGUAUAACAUGAUCAAUCCGUAAUUUUUUUUCCGUCAAAUUAAUCUUAAGAGGGCGGACAAUCAUGCCAAUGGACUUUUUUUCAUGUUCUAAAAGUCAGGUAGGUGAUUUUUGACAGCCUCUUUCUCCCAUGAUCCCCAUGAAUAUGCAUAGGAAAUACUGCAAUGUAGCCAGCAUAGCUUAUGCCGACAGGAUUUUUGAAAAAAAAUAUUUUGUGGCUUAUACCCUGAACUCGAUCGAACAUAUCCAUUUUUGGUAUUCCUAUUAUAAAAAGUGCACCCUACUAUAUUUUUUCCACGUCGAAGCCAGUCAUCUUGUGGCCCUUAACUUUAGAAAUCCCCAUAGGCCUAAAACUGUGUUCUGCUACCGUCAACCACAACCUGCCGAACCGGUUCUGACCCUGAAGCCGUGAGGAUCUGUGUCGACGUGAAAACACCGCGCAGUAGUCUGGAGCAUCAGCGUACCUUGAAUCUGGAGUUUGACCAACAUGGCGACUGCAGCAAGGAGAGGAUGGACAGUAUUCUCCCCGUACCCACAAGUGCACUUAUUGCGACAAGAAGUUUCCCUUCAAAAGUAGGCUCAAUCAACACCUACGUAAACACACCGGUGAGAUCCCAUACCAGUGUGAUGAAUGCGGGAAACGAUUUAAUCAUCUAGGAAAUCUGAAGGCACAUAUGCGACUUCACACUGGUGAAAAGCCGCACACGUGUGAACAUUGCAACAAAGGUUUCAGUCAGGCAAGUUAUCUGAAGAGACACGUGCGGACUCACACAGGGGAAUCCAACAUGGCGACUGGAGCUGGACCUCAUCUGACACAAUGGCAGUAUUCUCGCCGUACCCACAGGUGCAGCCAUUGCGACAAGGAGUUUCCCUUCAAAAGUAACCUCGAUCGACACCUGCUUACUCACACUGGUGAGAGACCAUACAUUUGUGGGGAAUGCGGGAAACGGUGCAGUCAGCUGGGCGAUCUAAGGAAACACAUGGUUACUCACACAGAUGAGAGACCAUACCAGUGUGAUGAAUGUGGGGAACGGUUUAGUCGGCUAUCUAUUCUGAAGGACCACAUGACAACUCACACCAGUGAAAAACCGUACCGAUGCCAGGAGUGUAGCAAGCAGUUUAGUAGGUUGAGCUAUGUGAAGAGGCACAUGCGACUUCACACGGGUAAAAAACCGUACCAAUGUCAGGAGUGCGGCAGACAGGUCAGUAGGCUGUGCGAUCUAAAGGUACACAUGAGAACUCACACAGGUGAAAAACCGUACAAGUGUGCACAUUGCAACAAAUGCUUCAGCCAGUCAACAAACCUUAAGGUUCACAUGCGGACUCACAAGGGGGAACUUCCGUACAGAUGUGAGAAGUGCAGCAAGCAGUUCACUACGUUGUCAAAUUUAAAGAGGCACAUUCGGGCUCACACUGGUGAGAGGCCGUAUAAGUGCAAGACAUGCAGCAAGCAGUCUAGUAAUUCGAGUUAUCUGAAGAAGCACAUGCGAACCCACACUGGGGAGAAACCGCACGAGUGUGAGGUGUGCUACAAGAAGUUCAGUGAGCGCAGUAGUCUAAAGAGACACAUGAAGACUCACAUUGGUGGAAGUUCAUCGGUGCCUGUGUGAGGAUUGAAUCAUGUGACUUACUAUUCACAAAACAAAAGUUCAUUCUAAAAGCCAAUUAUGUUUUAUUGGAAUGUGUCAUUCUUUUGCCAGUGUGACAUUUGUUUUGAUUGAGUAAUAUACUCUAAACAUGACUCUACUGUACGAUUCAGAAAAGAGUUUCAACGUUAUGGAGGAAACGUCAAUUUAUUAAAUCGUCAAAAUAACCAAAUUAUAAAUAGUUAUUCUUAUUAUAAAUCGAAGUUGUUUAUGAAGAAGUGACAAUGGCAGUAAUUGUUGUGACAGUUAAAACUGCAUGUUUAGAUUGUUAAUUCAUCUAUCUCUAACCGGUGAAAACAUACAUGUGAAAGACGUGUAGCAGUUAUCAAGUCCUCUUGAUGUGGUACAGGUGAUGCAAAAUGUGCAUAAUAAUUCAAGUAUGCUUCUGCAUAUCCUUCACAGAUUUCCUAUUUCGAUAACAGCACUUAAUUGACAUGCUAGAGAUUCUGUAUCUAAAUCAGAUUCCGUAACUGUUCAUUUUUGGGUUGCUAACGUGUUAGAGGCACCAUGGUCUAUAGUUUUCCACCUCUGCACUUUCUCUGUGUUAGAUACUGAAGUUGUUAUUAUUACUUCGUAAUUCACUUAUUCCUGUAAAUACACAUCACUGUAAAUACACACACCUUAGCGUUUGGAAUGACCUCUCAAAACAUGCUAUAUAGUUUUAGAUGUUCCUAUCUAUUGUUUACCUCCAUAAAAUGGAUGGGUGCUUUAAGCUUAUAGAGUUUUCGUGCAUCUAAUUUUACUCAAUAAACUAAGCCACGUAAUGUUUUGUUGUCUUUCUUAUUGAACAUUAUUUGUUGUCUUUGUUUAGCUACACUCCCAAUGCAAACCAUUUCGCCUGUAACAUUUGUUUCGUAAUGAAUUAAAACCUACCGAACCGCUAAUGUUGUCUGAAACGUCUGUUUGCGAUAGUAAAUCUCCAGUUGCUUGAUCAAGUAACUUUUUUUUAUGGAGGGUCUGAUUAAAUUGAUUUUGUCUGAAUUGCCUCAAUGCACAUGUAACAAACUAGCUUCUACCAGGCUCCACAUAUCACUGGCAAAAAUGGCAGAAAUCGUCGAAAUAGACAGAAAAUACAGAAGCUAGCCCCAAAGUGACAAAGUCGCUUUUGUCGCUAUGCUAUAGUCGUCAACUUUUAGCUUCAAUGAGGGUAAUCAAGUAUAAAAACUUUGACUUCUCACCACCGGAAAUACUGACCCUUGAAUUAGCUUACCCGUCAGUUUCAACGGGACGGACUUGAUCAUUCCUCUUCAUCUGAGACGUUUUUGAAUAGUAUUGAAGGCUUUAUUAGCUCAACAACUCCCCCCCCCCCCCAAACUGCUAAGACCUUUGUCUGAUGUUGUCUGGUCCCCCGUUAUGCAAAUCAGCAUAUGUAACAUCAGGGUACUUCCCUUUGUUUCGUUGUCAAGCACAACCUGCCGAACCGGUUUUACCCGCCAUCCAGUCACUGUAUAAAUGUGUCACUGACCACUCGAUCUGUGAGUACCGACUCUGAAGCCGCGAGGAUCUGUGUCGAAGCAUUAGCGUAUCUCGGUAAGUGACUGACCAUGGUUUUGGUUUCCUGUGUAAUCCUAUAACGGAGACAAGCACCAGUGUCCGGGCUGGCUUGCACAGUUAUGAUCUUGAGUUUGACCAAAAUGGCAACUACAGUCAGAUCUCAUCUAAAACAAGGGGAGGAAGAGGAUGGACAGGAUUCUUCCCGUACCCAUAGGUGCAGCUAUUGCGACAAGAGCUUUCCUUUCAAAUCUGAGCUCAAUCGACACCUGCGAACCCACACUGGUGAGCGC